AUGGUCAACAACGAGAACCCUAUCUCCAUCGGCGAAUCCAAACAUGCUGACCAGCUGGAGAUUGCGCUCUACGACCCGAAGCCCACAGAUCAAAACGCCUCGUCCGCUACCUCGUCAGUUUCACGAAACGCAUACUAUGGUGCAUCUCACCGCGCCCUGGAUGUAGUCGAAUUGCUCAAGCAAAUCCUUUCUCACGCCUCACCAAGGACUCACUACGCAGCAUGGAAUGUGUCAAGACGUUGGAGAGAGAUUGUUAUCCACAUGUUGGAUAUGCAAUACCGUGCCCCGUAUCCCUACGUAGCUGUUGAACAAGGUGGCAUUGUUCCACCGAGCCUGAGGUGGCUACCUCCAUGCGAAGAUGAGAUCACCAGACUUCAGAACACUUUCAACAUCACGACUGCACACGCUUAUAGUCGUAGCUUGUCGGAUCCCUUCCUCAUAGCGCGAUUCACGCAAGCAGAUACACUUCCACAGCAACUGUUCACUUCUCUCCAUAACAGGAUUCGCUCAGACUUCAGAUUGUACAGAUCUCCGAGUUUCUAUUCUCUAGCAGAAGAACCUCGAUGGCUGGAUCUGUCACAAGUCGAGGUAAAUCCAUACUUUGUCCAUUUAUGCGGCGACUGCUUCCAACCAUUCCAGGGCAACUACACCAUUUCCAUCAAGCCUCGCAUAAAAGACUAUCUCGGAGACUCGUCGUCAACAACAGGGCCAUUUUGGGAGCAGCUCAUUCACAAUAUGUUUCUCGGCCGACCAACCUGCAAGGUUUUGCGAAUUUACGCCAUUGGGAAGAUUCACGAAGAAGUGCAAGCACUAGGCACACACUCCUCUACAGCAACCGAACUGUGGCGAACCCGGUCUAAAUCCCUGCGGGAAGAGAUUAUAGGCCACACAACUCCUGUCGAAAUACACAAGGCUUGGAACUGUCCCGGUUUCCCUAAGCUUGCUGUCUUCCUUGAAAGCACGGCACAAUCUGGUCCGCCGUUCGCACAUCAUCCCUGCGACAUCAACACACGCAACAUAUACAUGCACAAGACGGAGUGGCAUGAGGACCAUUUAAAGCCAACGAGAAUCUUUGCAGGAAAUCCGGAGCUGAGGGACCCCAGGUUAGAUCGUCCGUGA